AUGCCUGCUCGUGCGCGCGUGACUCUUUGCUACGGACCUUAUGAAUCCUGCGGAGUGGUUAAACACAGGACCUUCCGGCUGCAGGGUCUCCAGGCUGCCCUGAGCGCGCGCGGUCACCGCUGCGUCCUGCACGAGACGCAGCACUGGAAUGUGGUGGAGCUGCUGGUGAGCGGGGAGGUCGUGUUCAGCUGCACCAUCCAGGAACUUCAAUUUGGUGGAGAUGGAAAACUGGAUCCUGUCUGCAAAGAAGCUGUCACUGCUGUGGAAAAGGCCUUCUGA